CAGAGUCGCCCAUUCAUAAAUUUGAUUUUCCAUCUCUCUCUCUCUCUUAUCGGACAAAUCAAAUUCCCGACAGAGAUUGGUUAAAAAAAAGGCCUCAGCUUUUGUCGUUCCCGGCGCCAUCAAAUCUGGUGAAGCUUACUUGUCUUCUCAAUCUCUGAUUCCUCCUUCCCCUUCUCUCAAAUUCCCCUCUAGAACUUCUCUCUUGGCAUCAAAAAGGGCUUUUUGAUUCAGUAUCGCUCCCCCCAUAAAAGACAAGACCUUUCAGAAGCAUGGUGGAUUGAGAGAGAAUUGGUCUGAUUUCGCUUUUGAUGGCAGGAAACGGUAUCCCUACACUGGGCCGUGUCAAGGUCUGCGAUUUAGUCCCCACCGAAGGCUUACCUUCCGAUUCCUACAAAUUAGCCGUCUCCACACUAUCCCAAUCCCUAGCUCACUACUCCGCCGCCAUCAUCCAGUUCCCUCCCCACGAAGCUGCCCUCCUCAGAUCCGCUCUCGACUCCGCUAGACUCUAUUUCCACCACAGAGACUCUUAUCCACCACCAACCAUGAUCCACACCACAAACGACUCCAGAGGAGGAGAAUGGUGCAAGACCUCGGGAUACUACUCAGACCCUCAGUCUUGGCAAGAGAGCUACGACUACAGACCUGGCUUGACCUUCACCGACGCGGCCUCCGCAGCUGCUGAGUUCCCUCCUUCUGGCUUGCCUGAUAUCUUUGGUUUAUUAGGGAAAGCUUCUCGUUUAGUUCUCGACGCGAUUGGUUUCUAUUUGAACUUGAGAAGCUCUCCUUUCACCGAGAUUCUUGAUAAUGUCCCCUUGCGGAGUAACGAGGUCUCAUCCUCCGUGCUGUCCGUCUGCUGCUACGCGAGGCCUUCGUUUCAUCACGGAGGACAGCAUCAUCAUACCUUGACCGAAGACGAGCAGCUUCUCUUGUACUCUGAUCACGACCACCAGCUCGACAAGAGUCUCAUCUCCUUUGUAAAGUCGGAUAAGGCGGGUUUGCAUAUCAGGGACAUGCACGGGCAGUGGAUUCUUGUGGAUGUUGAUCUUGGUCCUCAAGAGGCUGUUGUGUUUCCAGGGCUGGCUCUCUACCAGGCUACGGCUGGUUACGUGAGUCCUGCGGUGUAUAGAACAGAUUUGAACAGUAUGCAGGGGAGUAUAGAAGGGAGAUUCUCAUUGGCGUUUAAGCUCAUGCCUAAGUCGAUGACUAAUCUGAGCUGCUCCGAGAUGAGAGCGGCGGGACAUGGUGUUGAUGCUCAGUUUCAGGUUCCGGUUUCGGUUGAUGAUUUUAUGCAGAGACCUCACUCGAAUGAUGAGCUCUUUAACAGACAGACUUUGCAAAGCUUCGGUGUCCCUCCUCAAUCCCAGGAUGGAUCUAUGAAACAGAUGAAAAAGAGGAAGAAGAGCGACUCAAGACUGAAACCACUACCACCAUCGAAGCGGCUGAGGCUAGAAGCGCAGAGAGUUCUCAAGGAACGAGUUCAGGAGAUUGCAGACAAGAAAGGAAUCAAACUCAGAUUCUGCAACCCCAAGGACUGCGAGAGUAACCACAACACCAUGAACAGCCCUUGCGCGCAUAUAAAAAUGGAGAUCGGGUGGCCUCAGGGAGUUCCAUUUGUUCAUCCUCAUGACCUCCCAAACAAAGCUAAAAUCGGGUUCCUUGAGACAUAUGAGCCAGGGUGGUCUGAAACACAUGACAUGGAGCUUAGUCUCUCUGAAGCUGCUCAAGGAAACCAACACGUGACUUAAAACUGUAACUUUUCUUCUCUCUCACUACAACUUUAUAUUUUCUUAGAGGUUAUACCAGUUCAUUGGUUUUAUUACAGGAGAUGAGAGAGUUCCAGUCUUGGUCUCUUGUUUGCCUUGACUGUUCCGGUCACGCUUCAGGGUUAGUGAUUGCACAUUGCUAUGUAUGAGCUAGCUAUAGAAACUUCAGAGACGAGAUAAAGCUGUGUGAAUGGCUCUUAUUAUUUUGACUCAUUGUACAUUGCGUCUUUUUAUGAUAUAUAUAAGUAUAGCAUGUUCUGUGUUA